AACCCCUGAGAUUCCGGAAAUUUGGCAACCCUCAGCAGUACUUGUUCCCGAAUCGCUGCUUCUUUGAGUCAUUCGCCAUUUUGUUACACUCGAAAGAGCUGCCCUGGUGAAGUUGAACAACGACGUGACACUACCAAAAGGCACCGAAAUAUUCUAAGAUAAUGAGUGGCUGUCGUGUUUUCAUUGGCCGUCUGAGCCCACACGCCAGAGAGAGAGAUGUGGAGAAGUUUUUCAAGGGAUAUGGGCGCAUUCGUGAGAUCAAUUUGAAGAAUGGAUUUGGCUUUGUGGAAUUUGAUGACCACAGAGAUGCAGAUGAUGCUGUGUACGAGUUAAACGGCAAAGAACUCUGCAAUGAAAGGGUCACAAUUGAGCAUGCUCGCUCCAGGAGAGGACGAGGAGGUGGUCCUGGAAUGAGUCGUUUUGGGGGUGGUGGAGGAGGAGGCGGUGGUGGAGGAGGCGGUGGCGGUGGCUACCGUCAGUCACGCAGCAGUGGAUCAAGGUAUGGCCCACCAGUUCGUACUGACCAUAGACUCAUCGUAGAGAACUUAUCUUCAAGGAUCAGUUGGCAGGACCUGAAAGACCUGAUGAGAAAAGCAGGUGAAGUGACCUUUGUGGAUGCUCACAGACCAACUAAAAACGAAGGAGUGGUGGAGUUCGCAUCUCGCAGUGACAUGAAGAAUGCCAUCUCCAAGUUGGACGGCACAGAACUGAACGGUCGCAAGCUGAAGAUCUUUGAAGACAGGAGAAGUCGCAGCAAGAGCCGAUCUCGUUCCCGCAGCUACUCUCGUUCAAAGAGUCGCUCCCGAAGCCGUAACCGCUCCAGGAGCCGCUCCAGGUCUCUCAGCCGCACCCCAGAGAAGAAGAACUCUGGUGGCAGCAAGACAGCAGCCAGGUCUCCAUCCCGGUCCAAGUCCCGUUCCAAGUCCAGAUCUAAGUCCCGUUCCAAGUCUCGCUCUAAGUCCAGAUCCAAGUCCCGCUCCAAGUCUCGCUCUCGCUCUCCUCCCCCCAUAGAGAACAAACAAUCCCGCUCUCGUUCCCGCUCCCGUUCCAGAUCCAGGUCUCGCUCCCGUUCCCGCUCAGCUUCUGUAGACAGCAAACACUGAGCUGAAUUCACCUGCUGGCUGUUAAACAGACUGGUAGUUGAUCACCAAAGGCCUAAUGGGGCAGCAUGGUGACCUUUUCGUCUUUCUUUUUUUUUUUUAAUGGAGGGGAAAUUUUGUGUGGCUUCUUUAGAAAAGCAUUGUUUGAAUGUUGACAUGCCGCCCUUGGAUUUUGAUUUUUCUAACUGUGUUGAUGUGAUUCCACUGAGAACAUGUUUUUCCAUCUAGGUCAUGAUUUCUACAUUUACCUCUUAAAUCCCUCCUCACUCUAAUGAUCGAGAGACCUUAGACCAACGUAAAAAUAAUUGGUGAUAGUGAUGAUGAUAUCAUCUCUGCAGCUGUUGGCCAGCUCUGAAUUCCAUCCAUACUUCUGUUGCUGAUUGUUGAUGUUGUUAAGUGGGUUGGAUAAAACUGUGAUUCUGCUUAUUGUGACAGGUAAGUGAUGGGUCAGUAAAUGCAACAAUAGUUUACUGACCUGUCACUUAACAUCAUCCCACGUGAUGUAAACAGCUGCAAAUGUUGACUUGCUAUUUUAAACACUGCUGUAUUAGGACUGUCUAAUGUUUUUUGAUUUAUUUUAUUUUCAGUCAAAUCUUUUUUUUACUUAAAUUUUCACACUAGUUCACAUUUUUCCCAAUAAAAGACAAAUGCUUGUAUUGGUUCUGUACUAAAACAAAUACCUGCCUUCUUACUUUUGGAUACUUUUCAUUGGGGGGGGCAAAUGCAGGAUAAGGCGCUCUUAUAAAUGAUAUUAAGUCUCCAGUUUAAUAAAAUAAAGUUGGAUACAUUAUUAAA